CACGAGCAAGAGGACCCAGGCACUCAGGCCACCUGAGCAGCGAUCUGUGAGUCUGCCGUCCUGGACAGGCAGAUCUGGAACUGAUUCUAGACCCUUCAGCGUCUCCAGCCUCCCACCCCUGCGCCCGCCUGAGGACUGAGCCAUUGAUGGGCUGGGACAAGGCCGGGGCCGGAUUCAAGCACCCAGGACUAUGGUUUCCCACGCUGGCUGUCCUGCUGCUGGGAGCCUGCCAGGCGUACCCCAUCCCUGACUCCAGCCCCCUCCUCCAAUUUGGCGGCCAAGUCCGGCAGCGGUACCUCUACACAGAUGAUGCCCAGGAGACAGAAGCCCACCUGGAGAUCAGGGAGGAUGGCACAGUGGUGGGGGCCGCCCGACAGAGCCCUGAAAGUCUCUUGGAGCUGAAAGCCUUAAAGCCAGGGGUUAUUCAAAUCUUGGGAGUCAAGACCUCCCGGUUCCUGUGCCAGAGGCCAGAUGGGGCCCUGUAUGGAUCGCUCCACUUUGACCCCGAGGCCUGCAGCUUCCAGGAGCUGCUUCUUGAGGAUGGAUACAACGUUUACCGGUCUGAGACCUACGGCCUCCCUCUGCACCUGCCUUCCCCCAAUUCGCCAUACCGGGACCCGGUGCCCGGGGGACCAGUCCGCUUCCUGCCGCUGCCAGGCCUGCCCCCAGCACCCCCAGACCCGCCAGGGAUUCUGGCCCCAGAGCCCCCGGAUGUGGGCUCCUCAGACCCUCUGAGCAUGGUGGGGCCUUCGCAGGGCCGAAGCCCCAGCUAUGCUUCCUGA